AUGGAUAAAAAUAACGAUACAGAUGAGAAUAGUAUGGAUAAAAAUAAUGAUACAGAUGAGAAUAGUAUGGAUGAAAAUAAUGAUACAGAUAAUAUAGAUAAAAAUAACGAUAUGGAUAAAAAUAACGAUAUGGGUGAAAAUAAUAAUGUGGAUAAAAAUAAUGAUUUGGAUAAAAAUAACAAUACGGAUGAGAAUGAUAAUAUGGAUAAAAAUAACGAUUUGGAUGAAAAUAAUGAUACAGAUGAGAAUGAUAGUAUAGAUGAAAAUAAUGAUACGGAUGAGAAUGAUGAUUUUACAGAAUAUUUUUCAGAUAAUUCUGAUGAUAAUACAGAUGAAAAUAAUAAUAUAUACAAUCGUUCACCAAGCAAUUUUCUGGGCCCCAUACAUGAGCCACUAAUUGAUAUUAUAGAAGACGAUCCAAAAAGUGAUGAAAUUUUUGAGGAAGAAUCCUCAGAAUUUGAAGAUUUUAAUGGAGAAUAUGAUCUGUAUUUUCCAAAUUUUACAUCUGCGAUGUUAUAUAUCUGGAUCACAAAGUACAUGAUUUCAACUAGUGCAUAUGAAGAUCUUUCUAAAAUCCUCCAACACCCUAAUUUUCGUAAAGAAGAUAUACAAAAAGCACCCUCAGUGCUUGUAUAUACUAAGAAGGCCUACACAAUAUCUCCUUUAACACAUUUGGAAAAAAUCUUGAAUAAUCCAAUACUUAUACCAAAAUUAUACUUCGGACCUAGCAUAGUUAAAAAAGAAAAAAGUGAAUUUUGGCAUGAGAAUCUUUGGCAAGAUUUGCUACUUUUCGGGGAAUAUAAAAUAAGAUGUGAUAAUGGAG